AUGGCGGCUUUGACGGCGUGGAGAUCCAUGGCGCGAACGGCUUUCUGCUGGAUACUUUCAUGCAGAGCUGCUCGAACCAUCGCACGGAUCAGUACGGAGGAUCGCUGGAGAACCGUUUCCGCAUUGUGGACGCGUGUAUCCGCGCUGUUCUGA